AUGACCGAAGAAUCUACAAGUCAGGCUUUUUAUAAUAUGUUCAUGGAAGCUAAGGAAACUGAGGAAACUAACGAAUUUAAAGGAUUACGUGAUAAAUUUUUAUCACUAUUCUCUAGCAAAAACACGUUUAUAAAAUUUGUAUAUCAACUUAUUAAAUCCAACAAUUUGUCUAACCUUAUUAAUUCCAAAAAUCUGUCAGAUACAAAAGCUUUACAAGAUUUAUUUCAUUCCAAAAAUCUUUCAGAUGUAAAAUCUCUCCAAGACCUUAUGAAUAUUAAAAGUAUAUCAGAUGAAAAAUUUAUACGAGAUCUUAUUUAUUCAUCGUUUCUUGGAAAGGAUAAGAAAAAAUUAAUAAGUAUUUUUUUAGAAGAAUACAAAAAAUUGAAAGUUACCUUUUCUAAUGAAAUUAAAGAAAUUCUACAAAAAGAUUCUCUCAUUCAAAAAUUAUCACAUCACUUAAAGGAAGAAUUUGAGCAAGAAAAACGAAAUAUUGAAUCUCGUGAAUUUCAAAGUCUUUGUAAUGUAAUAGAAGAAAAAUAUCAAAAUAAUGGAACUUUGCGAAUGAACAUACUGAAUAUAACAGGCACCGAGGAGCUCUGCUUUAUUGAACAAGAUUGUCGGGCACGUAUUUACAAUCUUAUAACUAAGCAAUUUCGACCAGCAGUUUGUAGUUUUCCAUCAAAUACUGUAAAUGUUUUGAGUUCAUCAGAUGGAUCAUGUACUGUAGCGUUUGUAAAAGAAAAGUUAGAGUAUAAUAACCCUAAUAGCGAAAAUAAUUCUGUCGAUGCCAACAACAAAGAAAUAUCCCGUGCUUAUGUUUAUUUUUGCACAAAAUUUGGUGGUUCUGUUAAUAAAGUUGUUGACUUACCACCAAAUCUUCAAUCCUUGGAAAUCUUGCAAUUUACUUGUAUUAAUAACUUACAGACUCAUUUAAUGUCAAUUGAUUUAAAAAAUGGAUGA